ACCUUUUUAGUUCAGCUCUGGGUGGCCCUACGGGGGCUAGUUCGUCCCGCCGGGGGACCUCACCAGUUCGCUACCUGGUCUUCGCUGAAACUCUGGGUGCUCCAGCCUGGAGGCCAUGGGACGGCCGUGGGGACCGGCCAUGAAGGCGGCCGAGCAGACGGGCUGCGUGGUGAGCGCCUCCCGAGCCGGCCGUCCCGAGGAGGGCUCGUGGAGCUGCAGCGGGGUGAUCCUGAGCCGCAGCCCGGGCCUCGUCCUGUGUCACGGGGGUAUUUUCACCCCCUUCCUGCGGGCGGGCAGCGGCGCCCUGACUGCGCCCGGCGCCGCCUUCCUGCCCGGCGACAGUUGCGGCGACGACCUGCGCCUGCACGUGCAGUGGGGGCCAACGGCGGUGAGCCCCGCAGGCCGCGCCGAGCGCAACGGCGUGGGCUUGUGCACGCCCCAGUGCGCGGGCCCCGAGCCCGGCCCGCCCGCCCUGCCCCGCGGCCGGCCCCUGCAGGCCCCGCGCCCCGCCAGGCUGCUGCUGCUUCUGAGCUGCCCGGCGUUCCGGGCCCACGUGGCGCGUCUCUUCCGGGGCGAGGCGGCCGAGCAGUGGCGCUUCGAGAGCUGGGCGCCGGGCGACGAGGUGUCCGAAGACGAGGAGGAGGAUCAGCUGCGAGCGUUGGGCUGGUUCGCGCUGCUGCGGGUGCUGCCCGGCGAGGCGGAGGCCCGGGAGGGCGCAGAGGAGCGCGGGGCGCCCGUGGCCGUGGCGCCCCUUGGGGCUGUCCCUAAGGGCGCGCCGCUGCUGGCUUGCGGCUCCCCGUUCGGCGCCUUCUGCCCGGACAUCUUUCUCAACACCCUGAGCCGCGGCGUGCUCAGCAACGCUGCCGGGCCGUUGCUGCUCACCGACGCGCGCUGCCUGCCGGGCACGGAGGGUGGCGGGGUGUUCGCGGCGCGGCCUCCGGGCGCCCUGGUGGCGCUGGUAGCGGCGCCGCUCUGCUGGAAGGCGCGCGAGUGGGUGGGCCUCACGCUGCUCUGCGCGGUCGCCCCGCUCCUCCGCGCCGCCCGAGCCGCGUUGGGCCACUUGCACCCGGACUCUGCUGACCUGGCUGCCCGGCUGCCGCAGGAGGUGGGCGCCCCGCGGGACCUGCCCUUCCAAGACCCCGGGCCCCCUUGGGCAACUGCAGCUGUGCUGGUGGAGUGCGGCACCGUAUGGGGCUCCGGAGUGGCAGUGGCGCCCCACCUCGUGGUGACUUGCCGGCAUGUGGCCCCUCGAGAGGGUGCAAGGGUCCUGGUGCGCUCCUCCAUCCCCAAGAGUGCCGCCAUCUGGGGACGGGUGGUGUUUGCUACGCAGGCGGUGUCACCCUAUGACAUAGCUGUGGUGAGGCUGCAGGAGGACCUGGCCGGCGUCCCUGUACCUGUGCCCGUGGACCGCUUCCAGGAAGGCGAGGCUGUCAGUGUGGUGGGCUUUGGAGUCUUCGGCCAGGCUUGCGGGCCCUCAGUGACCUCGGGCAUCCUGUCGGCUGUGGUGCACGUGGACGACACACCCGUGAUGCUGCAGAGCACAUGUGCUGUGCACGGCGGCUCCAGUGGAGGACCUCUCUUCUCCACCUGCUCAGGGGCCCUCCUGGGCAUCGUGGCCAGUAACACGCGGGACAAUAACACGGGGGCCACCUACCCCCACCUGAACUUCAGCAUUCCCAUCACGGUGCUCCGGCCAGCCCUGCAGCGGUACUGCAGAACGGGUGACCUGGGUGGUCUUCGCAAGCUGGACCACGCUGCCCAGCCAGUUCAGGUGGUAUGGCGACUGCAGCGGCCCCUGGUAGAGCCCCCCAGAAGCAAGCUCUGAGGCCACCUUGCCCCUGUGGAGAGAGGAGCAACCCUUCUCUGCUGUGGGAAGUGACCUUGAGGCGACAGGCAGCCAUGGGAUCCAGGACCCAGCUCUCAAAGGGGAAUGGGCCACCCCUGCAUCACGGUUCACCGUGGCCAAGGGGCUCGGUCUCUGGCAUCCGGAACAAACUUCUCUUCAGUCAGCCCCACAGCCCCCUGUAGGCACCGUGCGCCCUCGCCCAGCUGGCAGCGCACCUUGGGUGCCUCCCUGGCACUAGAGUCCUGCUAGUUUCUCUUUUGGGGAGCCCAGCUCAGUAGCUGACCGACAAACUGGACGGCAGGCCCCAGCCCCAGCCCAGGGUUUGGCAUCUGUUAGCCUGUCCCUCACUGGGGGUUGGCUCUUCCCACCUGCCUCGAAGUCUGAAUGGGGGUCAACAGAGGACACAGCAUCCUCCGAAUAUCUCAGGAGACGGCCCUGCCUUGAGGACCAGGCGCCGAAGGUGCUGGGCAAGGGGAGCCUCUUUCCUGGUCUCUCAGACUUAUGGGGAGGUGGUGUCCCUGAAGUCAGGACUUCAGACCACGGCCACACAACAGCUCUUGUCCUUCCCCUCAGGGGACCUCCUGGAUAGCCAGCUCAUCGAUCCUCCCCAAAGCUUUCCCUUGCCAGCGCUCAGCCCUACCCAGGGAGCGCUUUCUGGGAGAUUGGUGGGCCUUAUGCCCACACAGGGAGAAGUUACAUUGUAGGUGCCCUUGCCCUGCAGUGGGAUGCUUCCUUGUGCCUUAAUUUCCCAGCUCUCAGCCUGGGCCUCGGGGGUUUUAGGGUGUGGAAUGUGUCUGGUUGGGGCUUGAGAAUAAACGCUAUGGAAGAACCUUGA